UUCACGAUAGUUGCCCAACGCGGCGGUAACAAUACAACUGGACCAGUCUAAAGAGGCCUUGGACAAAUCGAUUUUGCAGGACUUCGUAUUACUGAAAUUAGGAGUCAAGUCAAAUUGGUCGGUUAUGGCAGUCAUCAUAUCUGGAUAGAUAAUCAUCUGUCGAUGAUUUACGCCGCGUUAAACCGACAAUGGCACGAGAUAACCCCCAGUCGUUCCACACAAUGUGAUCAAUUAGAUUCGUACUGGAACUAUCUAUCGUCAACAUGACCAAAAUGAACGGAGUCAACCUGCCGGAUAUGACUGAGCAACAAAAUCUAACAGUAGACGAUAUUUUUAAUGAGAAUAUUCAUAAACGUAAAAAAGUGCAAAUAGACGAAUACAUAGACUCUAGGAAAACAAACAUGACUGCAGAAUUGUCAGCAGUAAAGUUUUCAAAUAACAAUAAUAUAAAAUUGAUCGAUAAGCAAAUAGAAUCGCCGCAGAAUUUGAAAAGAAAAGCUUGUAAAAGUUUGGAGGAAAAUGAAAAUUAUGUGGAAGCAAAAAUACUUCUGGAAUUAAAUAUAAGCAUUGAUAAAGAUUCAAGUAGGACUAUUCGUUUGGAGCUAAGACAUCCCAGUGCUACAGUGGAUGGUAUUUUAGCGAUUGGUGAUUUUAAAAAUGGACAAAUUGAUGACCAGGACAAAAAUGAUGUGAGAUCGGUAAUAUCAAUGGACGAUGGUGAUAUAAAUGAAUAUACUAUUAAAGACAGUGGUGAUAAAAACAUAAAUAAUGGUGAUAUAAAUGUGACGAGUGAAUAUACAAUUAACGAGAACGAGAAUCAAGAAAAUGAUGAGCGUCUCGGCGGCGGUGGGCUGGGCCUCGGUGGAGGCGGGUUCAGGGGAGGCGCGCAGCCGUCCCUCGCCGACUUCCAGCCACCGUACUUCCCGCCGCCGUUCGCGCCUGCACCUCAUCCUGCUAGUCCACAUCAUCAGCAACAGAGCCAUGGCAUGGAUUAUGGCGGUGGCGGCGGCGGCGGCGCGGAGUACGCCCAGCAUUACGCGCCACAGCAGCUACUUCCACGCCACCACGGUCACCACGAACCUCAUGCCCACCUACGGCACCAUCGUGACCACCACGACGCCAUACAUGCGCACCAUCUCUCCCAUGGCGGAUUUAGCUAUGGCGGUGGUGAGAGACGAGCGGACUAUGGUGCCAGAGAGCAGCAUGAGUUGGCAUUACACCAUGCACUGCACUCGGCUGAAGAAACGCCGAAUACAGGCAUGGACGACACUAGUGGCUUCAUGACAGAUCUUCCAUUAUUAAAAACAAUGAAAGGUCGAGAUGGCCUAGGCGGAACUGGUUCCUGUGCUCCAAACGACGUAUUCUGCUCGGUUCCUGGGCGGUUAUCGCUACUAUCUUCCACCAGCAAGUACAAGGUCACAGUGGCUGAGGUGCAGAGACGGUUAUCGCCGCCUGAGUGCCUCAACGCGUCCCUGCUAGGCGGCGUCCUAAGAAGAGCUAAGAGCAAAAAUGGCGGUCGACUGCUCCGUGAAAAACUGGAAAAGAUCGGCCUCAACUUGCCGGCAGGACGGCGGAAAGCUGCCAACGUUACCCUCCUCACAUCACUUGUAGAAGCGGAGGCGGUGCACCUAGCGCGUGAUUUCGGCUACGUGUGCGAGACUGAAUUCCCGGCGCGUGCGCUGGCCGAAUACCUCGCGCGGCAGUACGCGGAACACGACGCCCGCCGUCGUAGGGACCUGCUGCAGGCCACCAAACAGGUGACAAAGGAGCUGAUGGACCUCCUAAACCAGGACCGGUCUCCGUUGUGCAACACCCGGCCGCCGCACCUCCUGGAGCCAGCAAUACAGCGACAUCUAACGCAUUUCUCCCUCAUAUCGCACGGAUUCGGCGGCCCGGCCAUCGUGGCCGCACUCACGGCUAUACAAAAUUUCCUGAAUGAAUCGCUCAAACAUUUAGACAAAUUAUACCCCCAAAGCGGCAUGGUGACAUCUUCAAUGGACAAAACAAAGAUGGACCCCGAUAUUAAGAAGUAACAUAAGACGGACGACGAUAUCGUCGGAACAUUCCAUCCUGUAAGGGAGCUAGUAAUGGGUGUGACGUCACUGACGGUGUAAGGAACCAUAAUGGCGUCUCUAAUAGACGUAAUAUCUACAUAGUAAUUAAUCUGAGAACGUCCUCUAUUCAGGGACUGUCAAAAUUAAUCUGUACUCGGAACGUGACGACCUCUUUUAUUAAAACUAUAAUACUAAUCGUUGGGUUAAUUAAAUUAAAAUAUAAAAAUAUUUUACCUAUAACGUUUUACCUAUUAUUAAAGUCUGGUCAAUAUAUAAGAAAUUUUACAGUGUCACAAGUAUUCCUUGAAUAACUACAGUAUGAUCUUCAAAAAUCGGCUCCUUCUGAAUUUACAACAUAUGGACAUUCACAUAUGGAUCGCAAUUAAUUACUAUCAUCAAUAUCAUUAUGAUUAAAAAAAUAUUAUUUAUCUAAGCUCUAUUGAAUUUGGGUAAAUUAAAGGUUCUUAAAAAUACAUACUUAUGUAACAAAAUGCUUAAAUUGAUAAUUUCAAACAUGGUUCUAAAAAAAUAUCACAGACCAUAUAGACAAUUUUUUUCUUGUGGCUUCGACUUCCAUAUCUCUUGUUCACUGUACACAACUUCGACCAUUGACGAUAAAUUUAUUUUUUUAAUUAAAAAAAUGGAAGCAAAGGUGUCAUAGAACAAAUUUUUUUUCUUAAAUACUAAAUAUCUAACUGCCAUUAAAUGUGAGAUUGCGUAUUUAUUUUUAUGAACGCGACUCGGACGCGACCCGCAUACGAAUAAAGUGCAAUUAUGAUACUCGAGAUUGUGAGAAUAUGUACAUAUAGUGAUAGAUAUAAAACAUUAGUAUUAAUAAGCAUUUAUAAGUAGAUAUACAUAACAACUCAUGAUUUCUCAUUGUUUACAGAGGCGAAUAUUUUAAUUGUAAUAAAAUUUCGCAUUGUAACGUAGGUGGGACUACGUAAUGGUGAUCAAUAACUAAUUUCCCAUACUCACAACCAUAACAACCAUAAUCCUUAGAAAAUUAUAACAGGAAAUAUCAAAAAAAUAUAUCAAUAUUUCUUUUUUUGAUUAUACGGAAAAAUAAUGUUUUAGAUGUCUAUUUAUUUUGAAUUUGAAAUGUAAUCUAUUUUCCUAUACUUGGCACCUCCAUACCUAUAAUAUUAGCAUAUCUUACUAUUUUUUAAAUUUCAUUUCGUAAAAAUAUAAAUUCAUAUAAUUUUUUUUUUUUUUAUUUUAAAGUUACUCGCAUAUUUUAUGCACUGUUGUUUCAAAAGACCUGCCAAGAUGGUUUAUUAAUUAUUUCGCAGAAUUUUCUCUCAGAUACAGAAUUUUAAAAAUAUAAUAAAUACGUCAUUAAAUUGUUUAACAUUUGGUUCGAAAGAUCAACACUAUUUAACGUGUUACACAUCACAAUGUAAGAAUAUAAAUUUACAUCAAAUGAAUUAUGAUAAUUUCUGAUUAAAUUAAAACUUAAUUCCAGCCACAAACUAUAAUAGUUCCACCUACGCAUCCACCGCAAUAAGAAAACAUAUCAAAUUAUUAAUUGUAAAUAAUAUAGAACUAUAGAGACAACAAAAUAAAAAUACAUUUUCCACGAGCAUUACUCUGUGUGAUAGAUACGUUUGCAAAUCUGACAACUUACCUGAAAAUGGAACGACAAUUAUAUUAUUAUUAUUAAUUUAUUUUGUAACUUUAAUCAAUUUAAAUUUUUACCUUGUCUAAGUAGAUAUGUAACUAUUAAAAAUUAUUUUAAUUUUUAAUUGUUACAAUGUAAUAAUGUAUGUAUUUAUUAUAUACCAACCUGUUACAAAAAAAAAUUAAAUAGUUUUUUUUUAUUUUGAUAUACAUUUCGGUAGAACUGUAUGGCUACUAAAAUCUGACAAUAUACUUAAUCAGCUAUAAAUUAUAAUAUUUAUAAAUGAUUUUUUUUAAUUAAGAAUAUAUCUAUAUAUUACUAUCCCAGUGUUGUCAGUCUACAGGUAAGUUGAACAAAAACCACUGAACGUAGUUUAUAAUUUGUACCUACUCUUAGAAUUAGUAAAGCUAGUGAUUCAAUGUGAAAGUGUGCCAAUUAGUUUUUUCAUUGGAGAUCACCUUAUUGAUUUUCCAACGAGUAAGUAUUUAAUAUUUAUUGUUUUGUACAUAAUUAUCAAAACGUGCUAUUUUCUUGCCUAAAACUUUACGCUUCAAUGUGUUGAAUUAUAAGCACAAUUAUAUUUCUAUUGUCGUUGUUAGUUUGCUCAAUUAUCUCAAAUUGUAACUGUCAUAUUGUAUUUUUCCCAUUAUAAAAUUAAAUGUAAUUCAAAAAGAUCAAAAUUUUAAAAGUACCUCAAGUGUAUGUAUAUUUUAUAUUUUACACUAUAUAUAAGAGGUAACCAAGAGGUGAAAAUGAGUAUCCGAAACUCAUCGGUAGUAUAUAGGUAUAUGUAACGUGAGUCCCUAAGUUUACAUUGAUUUACGUUUGUACUGUAUUAACGUUUACUGUAUUGACAACUCAAUUACACCUCUAACAAAUGGUUUCAAUAGCUCAAACUUACCAUACAAACAUGUUAAGGUAAACGUUGUUUAAAUUUUUGUUCAACUCACUCUACGAACACAGAAUAACUCUUAUGAACUUUUGAAUCUUCCAUAUUAAAUCGUUGAUUUAACCGAGCGAGUCACAAAAUAUUUUUUAUAAUGUUAGACCACAAAUAAUGUACCUAACAAUGAAAAAAAUCUGUUUCAAUGUGUACUGUCGAUAAGUUUCAUACUUUUAUAACUAGUUACCUAUUCUGUUAGGUCCUGUAUAAUUUGCUAAUUAUAUUUUAAUUUAUUAAUUUACUUAUUUAAUAAAUGGAGUCUUGAUAUAAAUAUUUUCACAAAAUAUGUAACAUUCUAAUUGAUAGUGAAGACUACGUAAAUAUAUAUGAACAUAUUGUGCCAAACAAUUUUAGAAAUAUUUUGUAACUUACUAAAGAAAGAAUAAUGAAUUUGUAUUCCUAACUUUUCUAUUAAUUUAUCUACA